ACCUCGCUCGGGCUAAAUCCGUCACAAGCCUCGGAGUAGCUCUCGAGACAUGGGAUGGGAGGAGCGGAGUCGAAGACGAGGGCGAGGGCCUACAGACACCAACUAGCAGAACGACCAGGGCCGCCCGGAAAGCCACUUCUGGUACCCAGUGACAAGAGAUCCCCAGAGCCCGAUGUCGUCACUAUACGUUGGGAGCCACCGCUCUACGACGGAGGCGCUCCCAUCACUGGUUACCUGGUGGAGCACCGGCGUACCGGGUCACCUCACUGGGUACGCUCGGCACCCCAGCUGGUGGCAGCCCCAGAGCUGACCCUUGCUGGCCUGGAGCCCGGGUGGCGCUACCAGUUCAGGGUCUCCGCCCAGAACGCCGCCGGACUCUCAGACCCCGGGGAACUCUCCGACCUCCUGACAGUCACUCUUCAGCGCACCGCUGCCUCCGCACCAUUCUUCGUCAAGGAACUUGCUGAUACUGUGGCUCUGGAAAACGAGAAAGCAGAACUGAGCGUCCAAGUGCGGGGGACUCCAACACCGACCGUGGCUUGGUUCAAGGACGGAGUUGAAAUCUUCAGCAGUCGCAGCUAUCGCGUGGUCACCGACAACGAGGUCAGCACUCUGGUCAUCUACCAGGCGUCGCUUAGUGAUGAAGGAGAAGUCAAGUGCUCGGCCACCAACCGUGUCGGGUACGCUGUCACUCGGGCCAAACUCAUCCUAGAGGCCCCACCAAGUAUUCGACUGCCCCGCCAGUAUGAAGAAGGGUUAUUGUUCGAGAAAGAUGAGGUCAUUAGAUUGAAGGUGUCAGUGGCUGGACGCCCAGUUCCGGAGGUCUCCUGGUAUCUGAACGGUGAGCCGGUCCCGGGUGGAGGUCGCUACGAGGCCGGACACUCAGAGAGGUACGCGACGCUCCGGGUGGGCGAGGCCCGGCGGGAGGACCGAGGAGAGUAUCAGGUCCGCGCUAUCAACCGUCUGGGAGAGGAUCUAGCAUCGUUUCUGGUCACCGUUGCCGACCGACCGAUGCCUCCGGGAAGAGCAAAGGUAGUGAUGACCCUCGGUCGUUCCGUUACUCUCUCAUGGUCAGCCCCUGAAGACGACGGUGGCUGCAAGAUAGGAAACUAUAUCGUGGAGUACUUCAGGGUGGGAUGGAACAUGUGGCUCAAAGCUGCUACAUGUCGCCAGCUGACGACAACUUUGGGAGACCUGAUAGAAGGCUCGGAGUACAAGUUCAGGGUAAAAGCUGAGAACCCCUACGGUGUCAGUGACGCAAGCACAGAGAGCGACGUUGUCUUCAUCCCUGACCCUAAGAGAGGACUUUUGGAGCCACCAGAACACACAGAAGAAGAGGCUAUGGACAUCUGGAAGGAAGACAAGAAAAGACCUGUCUCUCCCACCCAGACAUUGGACGAGCAAUAUGGUGAGAGGAAGACGAAAAAGAAACGGGGACCCAUGAAUCCACCUCAAGCACCCCAGCCAUCAAUGAGGGAUCUGAUAGUGCCUUCAGACAAGCACUCAAUGUUAAGUGAGGACAGCAUGUCACCUCCAGCCACCCCUGAGAUCCCACCACCAGUCGUACCUCCCAAGAGACGCGGGAAGGAUAGAAUAGAAAGAGACUUGCAGGAGGAGAAGGAAACAGCAAGGAGGGUCGAGGAGAAACGGAGGGUUGAAGAGUUUAAGAAAACAGAGGAGAAAAGACAAGUGGAAGAGGCAAGGAUUGAGGAAAAGAAGAACGAAGAGAAACGUAAGGAAGAGGCAAAGAAAAAACGAUUUGUUGAACCCCAGUCCCCACGCUUGGAAAGAGACCGCUUCCACGGUAGCUCGGAGCUCAUGCUGGUCCUACUUCCCCAUAGCCGAGCUCCUACAGAAGAGAGAGAGACAACACAGUCAAAGAAAGAACUGUUUGAGAGCAGCCUGGCACUAGAAGGGAACGAUAUCGCCCCACCAAUGUCGCUCUCGGCACCAGAGUUGGGCAGUGGGGAACCUCCUGAGAUACCGAGGGUGAGAGCAGCGUUCAGCUCCACUGAGCUGUUGCAUGAGCGGGCUAUGGCAAGGUUUUACCAGGAUAUGGAACAAGAGGAGGUAGAGACCAAACGACGAGGGAGCGUCCAGCGCCGCAGGAGCUUUGGAUCCAGACCACGGGAUACUCUAGAGAAAACAGCUUCACUUCAAGAAAUAUUAUCUUCGCUUAGAUCUUUGAACGAAGAAGUAGAAAAGAAAAGGGAGCUACUAUUAAACGAUUCAACCAGUAAAAAACCGUUAGCGAUUGCAGGUAUUGCAAAAUCAGAGCGUAUAUCAUUCACGGGAGAUAGCAUGGACAGUGUACUCUCAACAGAAGAACGCAAGAAAACACUUUUACAACAAACAUCUGAGGAAGAUAUGGAGUACGAAGAUUCCUCGUUUGAAGAAGAUGAAGAAUAUGAGGAAGAAGAGUCUGUUAUGGAACCAGGUGAGGAGGAGUUAGAUGAAGAACUUGAAGAAGAGGAGGAAGAGGAAGAUGAGGGAGAGUUCACGGUUUAUAGUAAAAGAGGUUCAAUAUACACAUCUGAAUCAGAAGAUGAAAGAUAUUCCUUAUUGGAAGAUGACACCUAUCACCCUACGAACGUAAAUACAAAAUACAAUGAGGAUUCUCUUAUAUCUGCGUAUGAGGGCAGGGGCCCUUUGAUUUUACCUCAACGAACAGGGCCGUUAUCACUUCCUAACCCAUCUCAAUCAAUACCUUCAUCUUCUGUUCUAGACUCAGGCAAUGAGGUCAAACUAAAACCAAUACUAAAGAAGCCUUCUAUUGAGAUAAAUAACGUCCCUGAGAUAAUGGAUGUCGGAGAGAUUAAUAGAAGCAUGGAAGCCAAAGAUGAACCCCAACUCAGGUCUCCUGUAUCACCUGAAAUACGUUUCGAGCCAAACUUUAGUCCUGUAAUGCCCAAGCCUAUUUUGAAGGUAAGGGAUCAUUCUCAAGAGAAGUUUUCACCAUUAGUACAACGUAAAGGAGCCCCAGUGGCAGAGGUUGAACCUGAAUUGAAUUUGGUAUCAAGCAGGGGCAACCUAGACGAUGGCUCGGAUUAUGAAUCGAGUACUAAAAAGAAACAGGUCAGAAUAGAAGAACCUGAUGAAAUGUCAACAAGAGCAUUAGAUAAAAAAGGCAAUGGAAUUUUAGAAACAAAUACGCAAACGCCUGAAACAAUAGUUGAACAACAUAUAAAACCCCCUGAUAAGCCCGUAACACCUACUGUGAAGACCAUAAAAUCUACUGAAAAGCCGCAAGAAGAAAUGCGUAAGAGAGGAGCCUCAUUAGAUGACGAGGUUGAAGCUGCAAAAGUGCUAAUAAAUCACUAUAGUGAUAUCGUAGCUGAAUAUGGACGUGGCAGAAGACCAAAUAAACCACGAUAUCUUGAUUUUGAAGCACUUAGAGCAGCUGCAGAAGAAGAAGAAAAGAGGUCUCCUGCAUUACCAGACAUCAUAGUUAAUGAACCUACAGAAGCUGCAUCUACGAGCUAUGUCCAAGAAGACAUUUUAACAAAGGAACCAGAAAUCCUGGAUAUUGAACCAACUAGGGAGGAAGCGAAGUCGGUUGUUGAAGCACCAAAGGCAAUAGAACAGAAACCACCAAAGAAAAUCUAUGAACAGCCCGAAACUGAAGUUUUUGAACCGAUGUAUGAACCAUCGAAACAUAUUGAACAAACUGAACCGAGCGUUACCAGGAAACGUGAUAGGUCAGUAGACAGUCAAGCUAGGUCAAUAGCUAAGAGGGAUAGAUCAGUUGACAGCCAGGCUAGAUCUAUAGAUACAAGAGAUAGGGGUUUUGACAGCCAGGCUGGGUCAAAUGAUAAAAGGGGGAGACCGAUUGAAAUACAGGCUAGGUCGCUUGAUAAAAGAGAUAGGUCAGUUGAAACCCAGGCUAGGUCAAUAGAUAAAAGAGAUAUGUCAGUUGAUAUCAAGUUUAAGUCAAAAGAUAAAAGAGAUAGGUCAGUUGACAGCCAAGCCAGGUCAACAGAUAAAAGAGAUGGAUCUAUUGACAGGAGGGACACGCAGUCUGACAAAAGAGAUAAAUCCAUAGAUAAGCGAGAUAGGUCAGUUGAUAGGCGAGAUAUGCCAGCAGACGGAAGAGAUAGGACGAUAGGUAGGAGGGAUAGGUCAAAAGACAGAAGGGAUAGGUCAGUAGACACACGUGAUAGAUCUGUAGAUGGCAGGGAAAGAUCGUUAGAGAGAUCAAAGUACAUAUCACAGGCAUCGACAUCCGUCAAAAGACGAUCACCCUCUCCUUGGAAAAUGAAAAAAGAAACGAAAAGAGAUAUUUUUCCGGAAGACAAGACUGAUAUUGCCCGAACGCCAUCCCCUUCACUUCGCAAAUAUACAACGCCUGAACAGACAGUUCAUUCGUUUUUCGAUUUUCUCAUGGACUUGUCUCUAUUCCUUCUAGCUUGUUGGUUGUACUUGUUUAAGGACGAACGCCUUUCGAUUCCUGUUCUCGGCUUGAUGGUGUACAGACAGGCCAAUGAAGCGUUUCAAAGAAAAAUGGCUGCUUUGAAGGAGAAAUCAAAACGUUUAAUGUUUUGGAGACGAAAACAAUAAAACAAUGUUAGACUGUGAAACGAGAACGCCAUUCAGAACCGGGAUAUAUAUCGUAUUAAUAAUAUACUAUGACAUUAUAUUCACUUCUUGAUUGUAAAACAAUUUUUUACUCUAAAGAAGUAUGGAUGUAUAAAAUGAAUUUAACGUCUCUUAUCGACCCAAUGAAUAUCAAUUUUAGGACACAAUAUGCAGUACAAGUCUGUAAGCGAUUUUUGAACUCUGGGUUAUCAAUAAUAUAUAACCUUUGACUAUUAAUACAACAAGUAUCCAAUAGUCAAUGAUAUAACCCAAAUUAAAAUAUGACUACUAAUGGUUAUUUUACUCUGUAUGUUUGCAAUAAUUUUGAAUUUGCAAUAUUUAAACCAGAAUGUGAUUUUAAUAUUCUAUAAAUUUCCUUUCCAGCGCCAGCUUUAUGAUAUUGAUGUCAUCCCUACCACGUAUGUUUCGUGUUAGUUUGUACACCUUAAUUUUUCUUACUCGAUAUCAAACCACUUCAUUGUUUAAUUUAAAUUACUGUUUUAUGUAAUAAAUUAUUUUUUACUAAAGUUUAUACUAUUGCUGGAUCACGUAUCAAAAAAUUAGUUAAUGAAAAGGGUGAAUUUCUGCUCAAACACUGUUAUAUAUAAUUAUUAAUGUGUUUCAGUGAUAUUAUAGGUAAGUUAAAUGUUAAUAUAACGUAUCUCUUUGUAUUAUAAUGUGACAUAUUCUUCAGUUUGUCUAUUUUGUGUUUUCUACGUUUUAUUCUAAAUAAAUAUAUAAACUAUA